AAAGAGAGCUGAGAGAACUUAUAUCAAUAAUCAUAUUUCAUGGAUAAAAGAAACAGAAAAGAUAAAAAAAAAGAGCAGCCAGCCUGACAGACAGCACAUAUCAUCCUCUCCUUGCUUGGUCUCUUACCCACAAAAACCCAACACAUUGCUUUUCUCCCUCCACGCACGGUUCCUUCUUUCCCCUUUUUGGAUUCGCAAAGCUUUUGGGGGCACUGAUCACUAACUGGGUCUGAAGAUUUUCGGGGCGCUUGGCCCCGGAAGAAAGCAGAAAGGAAAAUGUACUCUGGGAUUCAUUCGCUUGAUGGGAGCGUCGGCCAUGAAGAUUUACAGGGAUCUCUUGAAGGCACUAAUCUACCUGGUGACGCUUGUCUGGUUCUCACUACCGAUCCGAAGCCUCGGUUACGAUGGACAGCUGAGCUCCAUGAGAGAUUUGUAGAUGCUGUUACUCAACUGGGUGGCCCUGACAAAGCAACACCAAAAACCAUUAUGAGGACAAUGGGUGUAAAGGGCCUUACCCUGUAUCAUUUGAAGUCUCAUCUACAGAAAUAUCGUCUGGGGAAGCAAUCAUGCAAGGAGUUCACUGAGAGUUCUAAAGAUGCCUCUUCUGUUGCAGAAAGUCAGGGUGCUGUUUCAUCAUCUUCAUCAGCAUCAUCAAGAAUGAUGGCUCAAGACUUAAAUGAUGGUUACCAGGUUACUGAGGCUUUGCGGGUGCAAAUGGAAGUCCAAAGAAGAUUGCAUGAGCAGCUGGAGGUCCAGCGACAUCUCCACCUUCGGAUUGAAGCGCAAGGAAAAUAUCUGCAGUCCAUACUUGAGAAAGCCUGCAAGGCUCUCAAUGAGCAAACCAUAGCAUCAGUUGGGCUUGAAGCUGCCAGGCAAGAGCUCUCUGAAUUGGCCAUCAAAGUUUCUAAUGACUGUCUGGGUAUGGUCCCACUCGACACCAUCAAAAUGCCUUCCUUAUCUGAGAUUGCUGCAGCUCUUGAAGAGAAAUCUGCUUCAAACGGGCCAACUCGGAUUGGGGAUUGCUCUGUUGACAGCUGCCUGACAUCAACUGGAAGCCCAGUAUCUCCAAUGUGCAUGGGUUCACAAGCUGCAAUGAUGAAGAAAAGAUCAAGGCCCAUGUUUGGCGGAGAUUCACUGGCUUGGGAAAGUGAUAUGCGGCAAGAUGUUGAGUGGAUGUUGCCAGGCAUUCGAUGAAAGGCAGGAGCAGUCCCAUGAAGAACAAAUGACAGAAGUUCCAUGGUGACUAAUCUGAACCUUUCAUUGUGGCAACUGUAACAUGAUAGAUCUGUAUAUUCUCUAUACAGAUCUUUGUAUUUGGGAACACAUCUCACUUGCAAUGGAGUGGCAUUAUGCUCAGUCGUUCAUGAAAUAUCCAUCUUUUAUGUAUGUGAGCUAAGUAAUAGCCAUUUCUUAUAUAUAAUCAAUAUUUGUUUGAAGUUUAAA